UGCCGCUUUGACAAUGGCGGUUCGCGGAGCCGGUUUGUUCACCCGUUUGAUAUUGUGUGCCCAUAGAAGAAGUCGAGUCCAGCGCCCCGUCCUCAGGCUUCUCAGUUGUCCAGGAACUGUGACCGAAGGCCUCAGGAGAGACGAGCCGCCUUCGGGGAGCGCAGAGACAGGCUCUGAAGAAAAGACUCCCCAAAAGAAAUUCUUCGAGGUGCAAAAAGAGAGACACGCCCAGGCACAGCGGACUGUUUUAAUACAUUGUCCAAAUAAAAUCAGUGAAAAAAAGUUUCUUAAGUAUUUAUCUCAAUAUGGAUCUAUUAAUAAUCAUUUCUUCUAUGAAAGCUUUGGUCUCUAUGCUGUGGUAGAAUUUUGCCAGAAGGAAAGUGUAAGUUUCCUGCAGAAUGGAACUCAUACGCCAAGCUUGGGCAUGGAAGCUGCAAUUCCGUUCAGAUCACGUUUCUUCAAUUUAAAGUUGAAGAAUCCAUCACAUCAGGCUUCUGAACCAGCAUCCGUACAGUCUAGUAAUCAGUUACCUCCUUCAAGCCAGAAGCUUUUUGAGUUACUAUGUUGUGCAAAAAGUGUGGAUGAUCAACUAAACACCCUCCUGAAGGAAUUCGAAGUAACAGAGGAGAACACUAAGCUCCGACAUCUCACCUGCUCUCUCAUUGAAGACAUAGCGGCUGCGUAUUUUCCAGACUGUACAGUCAGACCUUUUGGCUCUUCAGUGAACACUUUUGGGAAAUUAGGAUGUGAUUUGGACAUGUUUUUGGAUCUAGGUGAAAUCGGAAAACCCAGCACUGACAAGACCUUAGGAAAUUUUCUGAUGGAAUUUCAAGUGAAAAAUGUUCCUUCAGAAAGAAUUGCAACUCAGAAGAUCCUGUCCGUGAUAGGAGAAUGCCUUGACCACUUUGGCCCUGGUUGUGUGGGUGUACAAAAAAUAUUGAAUGCUCGGUGUCCACUUGUGAGGUUCUCACACCAGCCUUCUGGAUUUCAGUGUGAUUUGACUACUAACAAUAGGAUUGCCUUGAAAAGUUCUGAACUCCUUUAUAUAUAUGGCUCCCUGGACUCCAGAGUAAGAGCCUUAGUGUUUAGUAUACGAUGUUGGGCUCGAGCACAUUCAUUAACAAGCAGUAUUCCUGGUGUAUGGAUUACAAAUUUUUCCCUUACAAUGAUGGUCAUCUUUUUUCUCCAGAGAAGAUCGCCUCCUAUUCUUCCAACACUAGAUUUGCUAAAAACCCUAGCAGAUGCAGAAGAUAAAUGUAUAAUAGAAGGCAACAACUGUACAUUUGUUCGUGACUUGAAUAGAAUUAAUCCUUCAGGAAACACAGAAACAUUAGAAUUACUACUGAAGGAAUUUUUUGAAUAUUUUGGCAAUUUUGCUUUCAAUAAAUAUUCCCUAAAUAUUCGACAGGGAAAAGAACAGAACAAACCUGAUUCUUCUCCUCUGUACAUCCAGAAUCCUUUUGAAACUUCUCUCAACAUAAGCAAAAAUGUGAGUCAAAGCCAGCUGCAAAAAUUUGUAGAAUUGGCCAGAGAAAGUGCCUGGAUUUUACAACAGGAAGAUCAGGGUCGACAUUCUCCAUCAAAUCAUCAGCCCUGGGGGCUCGCAGCCCUGCUGCUACCCUCUGUAGUAAGCAGUAAGUCUCUUGCGAAGAAAAAAACGAAAAAGCCUGCAAGCGAAAGAGUUAAAAACUUGUUAGAAUCCAUAAAAAGUAACAGAACAGAAAAUCUGACAAGCACCAAUGAGACUUCAUAAAAACAGACAUUAGUACUCAGACAUAUGGCUAAUACUUGGGAUUAAAGACUGGUUUAAUCCUGUAAAGUGGUGUGUGGAUUACCUGAAGAACUGGUUUGAAACUUAAAGAUCUCAACUUUCAUCUGAUGUCACUUUUCAUGAAACAUUAGCCACUGCGUGUGGUGCCGUGUCCCUGUAAUUCCAGCUCCUAAAGAGGCUGAGGUGGGAAGGUCCCUUGGAAUCUUGCCUUGGCAACAUAGUGAGACCCUGCAUCAAAAAUAGUAAAAAUAGGAAGUAAGUGAAAAAAAUAAAAUAAGCCACAGGUGAUCAGUGAAAGAAGAUUAUAAUAUGCUAAAUAAACUAUACAAAGCAAAUGGUAAAAA